AUGGUGGGAGAAAGCACCUCUUUCAGAGGCAAUUCUUCGUUUUCCAGCACCGAAGGCGAGGCCAAUGCCGUCCGUGAACUGCACAAAGAUGAGGAGGUUGUGAUCUCGGAAAACGUGGCAAAAAGCUCGGAGGGCCAGCCAGAAGCGCAGCUGAGAAGACAAUUCUCGGUGUGGUCGAUCCUGGGGGUCGGUUUUGGGCUCACAAACUCGUGGUUUGGUAUCUCGGCGUCUAUGGUCACAGGUAUUUCGUCCGGUGGACCCAUGAUGAUCGUGUACGGUAUUGUUAUCGUCGCACUGAUCUCAGUGUGCAUUGGAGUGUCGCUCGGAGAGCUUUCGUCGGCUUACCCACAUGCCGGUGGCCAGUUUUGGUGGUCGUUGAAACUGGCUCCUCCCAAAUAUAAGAGAUUUGCAGCGUACAUGUGCGGAUCUCUCGCGUACGCGGGGUCUGUUUUCACCAGCGCCUCCACCACGCUUUCCGUGGCCACCGAACUGGUCGGGAUGUAUGCACUCGCUCACCCAAGUUUCACGCCAAAAAGAUGGCACGUCUUCGUGUGCUUCGAAGGCUUGCACCUGUUUUUGAUGCUGUUCAACUGUUACGGCAGGUCGCUGCCGUUCAUUUCGUCCAGUGCGCUGUAUAUCUCGUUGUUCUCCUUUGUCACCAUCACCAUCACGGUGCUGGCCUGCUCCCACGGUAAUUAUAACGACGCCAAGUUUGUGUUUGCUACGUUUUUCAACGAGACCGGAUGGAGAAGCAGCGGAAUUGCCUUCAUUGUAGGCCUGAUCAAUCCUGCGUGGUCCUUUUCCUGUCUGGAUUGCGCCACGCACAUGGCCUUCGAGGUGGAGAAGCCAGAACGUGUGAUUCCGAUUGCUAUUCUAGGAACAGUUGCAAUUGGUUUUGUCACGUCGUUCUGCUACGUUAUUGCUAUGUUCUUCUCUUUGCAUAACCUCAGUGCGAUCACUAGUUCCAACACUGGAGCGCCAAUUCUAGACAUUUAUUAUCAGGCUUUGGGCAACAAGGCAGGUGCGCUUGUUCUAGGCUCUCUCAUCUUGCUAACAUCGUUCGGAUGUGUUAUUGCAUGCCACACUUGGCAAGCGAGACUGUGUUGGUCGUUUGCCAGAGACGAAGGUUUGCCAUUUUCGAGGUUUUGGGCCAAGAUCAACCCCGAGCUUGGCAUUCCAUUAAACGCGCAUUUGAUGUCCUGCUUUCUAAUUACACUUUUGGGUGUGCUAUACUUGGCUUCCACGACCGCUUUCAACUCUUUGAUUACCGGUUGCAUCAUGUUUUUGCUGCUGUCAUACAUCGUGCCAGUGAUCUGUCUGCUGCUGAAAAAACGCGAUAUCAAACAUGGACCGUUUUGGCUGGGGAAAUUCGGCCUAUUCUGCAACAUCGUCUUGCUAGGCUGGACUGUAUUUUCCCUGGUGUUUUUCUGCUUCCCCUUCGUGAUGCCUGUUGAGAAGGACAAUAUGAACUAUCCUCUGUGUGCCUUGUCGGAUAUCUUUUGUUUUCGCUACUUUACUGGGUCUUUAAAGGCCGGAACGAUUUCCAUGUUGUCGAGGAAGAAGAAUUUGGUGCGAUGGAUCCUUACCUUAUGGAGUGAGUGGCUCACUCAAAUUAUACCAUAG